AUGCGUUCCUUCAGCGUUCUCGUCGCCUUCGCGCUUGCUGCCGUUGCCGCCGCACAAGGCUGCGGUGGUUCUGAUCUUACUCAGAACCUCUGCAGACUCGGCUGUGAAAAUCACGAUGUAAGGUUCCCUAUCUUGCGACUACCAGAUAUAUAUUGACAUCGUUAUAGGGUAUCCGUGAUUUCAACUGUGAUGCCGCCAGAUGUAUCUGCAACGAUGGCUUUAUCGUUGCAGAGUAA